UCAGUACCAAAAGCGGUAACCCCGAGCUACACUCGGGCUUACCAUGCGGCAUUGCUCAGGGAUUCCCUGCAGCACUUACCUUGUCCUUCGCUCCCGCGAUGUGUCCCCUGCAGCGUCCCCGGCCAUCUCCUCCGGCCGAUGCCGGCAUCCGGCUUCCGUGUUCCGGUCCCUGUGACGUCGGGACGUACAGGCGCCGGAACCGGUGGCAAAUUUGAAAGUUUUAAAAAAUGUCUUAUUUUAAAAUGAUUAUUUUGUCCCUACUGCUUUGUCCUGUGCCCUGCCUGCAUUUUGACUGUUCUUUCUG